AUGCACUCCCAAUUACUGUUCGCGCUUGGACUGUAUUCGGCGUUGGCCACAGGGUCUCCAUUACACCCUACACGAUCCGACCCAUGUGCUGCGAUAUCCAAUUCAACUUGGGUCAAGCCCUCGGAGCUCCACUCUUGCUUUUCGUAUUUCCCUUUUAAUACUACACUGAGGGACAAUAUCGUCGAUGUCCUUAGUAAAACAUUCGAUCAAUUCCAUACCUCAACCAGGUUCCACCUGGAUAUGCCAGAGCCAUACAAAGAUAUCACAAUCGACAUUCUGGGCGAGCUCCAGAGAAUCAAACAGUCGAUUUAUUCAUUAGAUUUUGAGCUGCACCAAGACAUCAGGACAAUUAAGCGGCUCGGAGACGGACAUGCCGGGUACAACAACUACUGCUACGAUUCCCUGUUUAUCACAUACCUCCCAUUCCCACUUGCAGUUCUCGCUCAGCCCGGUAAUGAGGACAUUCAAAACAUUCACAUCGUCCCCGAAGCCUCCGAAAUCGUUAGGAAAGAGUUGGGGGUGGUGCACUCAAUAUCUGGCACUCGGCCCUGGGUCGAAAUCUAUCAGACUUCGACGGUGCUCGAUCGUUUCAAUUCAAGGACAAGACCCAUGGACCACGGUCGACGCUUACGCCGCAAUCUCGGAUACCAGGUUAUCGAAUGGUCUAUCGCUCACCCUGGUCCGAAACGGAAGUACGACCGAGGAAACGUACAACGUGCCUUACUUGUCCCGAAAGAGCGUGAAAUUAGGAACUUUACCAACGCCAGCGAGUUGUGGGACAACAACUGCCAAGCCAAGGUAUCGACCAAUGGAAGAUCCCUGGUCGAUCGUAUUAGUGUGGCGCAAGCAAAAACAACCUCACCCAAGGCGGGGAUCGCCCAUCUCUCGGAAGAUCCUUACAGCGUCCCAGCGCGAUUCCAAAGCGAUCCGAUAUACCUCGAGUCCACCGUGGCCGUCGGCUCGCCGUCUCUAGCUUGGUCAACGACGGCCCACAAUUCGACAUCACGCUUCCCGAACACCUGGUCCCACGGGGAACGUGAGCGGCACGGGCGAUAUGCAUUGCUUUUCAGGCAACUUCAGCAGAAUGCUCUCGACGGAUUGGACGCGGUCAAAUCCAAGGGGGCAUCCAGGCUCUUGAUUGACGUUACCAAUAAUGGCGGUGGUACGAUUUGUCUCGCAUCAUGGUUGCACCGUGUGCUUGCCGGACCCGAGCCUGGACUUGACUUUCAGCCUGGUAUGAACGGUAGUGUUCGUGCACGGGAACUUCCGAGAAAAAUAGUAAAUUCCAUUACGAGCGACAGAACUGGACUAGGCGCGCUGGAAUUAAUCGAUUCAUUUUAUACGCCAUCUGAAUGGAAAGAUGUCGACAACAAGACUUUCCCAGCGAAUUACAACUGGCUCGAGCCUGGCCUCGAUAUACAAAUUAAUGGAAUCGCUGAUUUGUUCUCACAAAGGAUCGGAGACACCUGUCUCCCGUUCCACUUGGACCCUCCGACGACCAGACCUUUCGAGUUUGAGAAUAUCGCAAUUAUGAGCAAUGGAAGAUGCGCUUCAUCAUGCAGCCUAUUUAGUAUUCUUAUGCAUACAAAGUAUAAUGUCAAAACGGUUGUGGUGGGUGGCAAGCCAGGAACCACUCAGCAAUACUGCGGUGUCGUGGGUGGACAAUCGUCCAACUUUGCUCAGAUGGAUUCCGAGCUGAAAACCUUUGGGUUGAAGAAAGAGCCGCUUUCCCCACCGGACUUCUUGACCAUAGUUUCCAGGGUAUUACCUGGAGACUGGCUUUCUCGCCUGCUGAUUCAAGUACAUUCGAAGAGUUCAAGUCGCAUCCAGCUCAACAUGUGUUCCCUCUUCUUCCCAGCACCUAUACAGCGCUGGCGCAGCAAAGGGUACCAAAAAUCACAUGGUUUUCCAUCCCCGAGGUCUUUCCCUAUCGUCGGAAACGCCUUUUCGAUUCCCUCAGGACCACAGCACAUGGCAUUUAUGACGCUUGGAAAGCAGCUUAAUACGGAUGUAUUCCUCUUGAAAGCCUUUGGACAGUCCACCUUGGUGCUAAACUCCGCACAGGCGGCCUCAGAACUUCUCGAUAAGCGUUCAGCAAAGUACUCCGACCGUAAUAUUGGGCCAAUGCUCUCCGAUCCUAGGCUUAUGGAUUGGUCUGCCGGCGCUGCGACAGCAAGAUACGGUGACCUAUGGCGACACUAUCGUCGAAUGCUCAACAACUGGCUUAACGCGCGUGAGGUCGUUCAAUUUCGCAACUUGCAGCAACAUCAAGCUCGAUUACUACUUCGACGUUUGCUUAAACUCUCGGAGCACUCCAAGCCAUUUUAUCAAGUUCGUGAUGAAUUCUUCUACGCCAUGGCAUCAACUAUGUUCCGACUUGCAUAUGGAUACCACCUACAGGACUUCAUCGUCAACGUGGCCCCCAUUCUUGCCCAUAUUCCAGAUUGGUUCCCAGGCGCUAGCUGGAAACGUGUUGCAAAAGAAUGGAGAACGAAUAAGCAGAAAGCCCUCGACGAGCCGUACGAGUGGGCAAAAUCACAAGUGGUGCAUCUCAGGAUCCGUUCUGCUUCAAACCAUAAGCUGGUGUCGGAUCUGAGCACUCAGGAGCGAGAUAAACGGCUAAAGGAGCUAGCAUUUGUAAUUUAUGCAGGAGGGACAGAUACGUCCGCGAGCCUCUUGGUUAGCUUUGUAGCUGCUAUGGUACAGAACCCCAGCGCUCAACUUCAAGCACAAAAAGAGCUGGAUCAUGUGUUAGGACCAGUUACUCUUCCAACUGUAACGGAUAAAGAGCGUUUACCGGCAAUGUCUCGUGACGAAGCUUAUUAUCCAGAUCCCGAAGUGUUUGACCCUAACAGAUACCUUGACCCAGAGAUUCCACAAGUACCCGGGUUUGGAUGGGGAAGGCGCAAAUGCCCCGGGACCUAUUUUGCAGACAACUCGGCAUUCAUCUCAAUUGCAUCACUGCUAUCAGUUUUCACCUUCUCAAAGAAGCUGAGCGCAGAUGGGCAUCAGAUAGAGCCAUCAAUUGAGCAGAAAAGCAACUCCCUAGUACUCUCCGACUUUCUUGCACUUUCAGCAGGCGAAGCUGCGACUUACAUAAACCGGCUUGCCAUAUCUACUGCGACACAGGAAUAUAACCGCUCGAUGUUAACUUUCACUUCACCGACUGUCUUGGGUUUGGCGAGACAGCAGGCUCGAACUUUCUUCUCACGAAGAUGGAUGAGUUUAUGGUCCGAGGUAAAGGAGAUUGCCUCGCGUAAAAAGGUUACAAUCCAAAAUCUCCGCUCUCUCAAACAAAAGGGGACACCAAUCACAACGCUUACGGCCUAUGGUUAUCCUAGCGGAGUGCGGUGCGAGCGUGCGGAUAUUGAUAUCACAUUCGUUGGAGACAGCUUGGCCCAGGUAGCCCUUGGCUACGACGCGACGACACGCCUGACACUCGACGAGAUGAUUCACCAUGUCCGCGCCGUCGCCCGAGGGUCUCAUUCUUCGUUCUUAUUAGCAGAUAUGCCUUUCGGAACUUACCAUGCUUCAGUAGAGGACGCCAUCCGUCCUGCUGUACGGCUAGUUCGUGAGGGUGGUGCCGAGGGGGUCAAACUUGAGGGGAGACAAGAAGUCGCGCCUAUCAUCAAGGCACUAACAAGCAUCGAGAUACCAGCCAUGGCACAGGUUGGAUUACUUCCGCAGCGAUACGCUGCGUUAUCCGGGUACCGAGUUCAGGGAAAGAAUGUUGCGAGCGCAAUCGAACUACUUCAAGCAGUGAAUGAAUGGUAG